CCUCUCUGAGCCAGGAGGCGGCUGCGGGUCAGCAUGGCGUCCACUUCGGUGUUGGUCAACCGGGAGGAGGCGGGCGGGGUGGCCACGGGCACCUACUCGUACUGCAGCCAGCCUCGGGCCGUGCCCAACCGACAGCGGUACCGGACGACCCUGGAGGCCAAUGAGCUGGAAGAGGAACCUGUUCGCUAUGCCAACCUCAUGUACGAGAGGAGAGUGGUCCGUGGCAACACGUAUGCCCUCCACGUGUUACCUUGGAGCAGUGAGCCGGAUCCGCUGGAGCUACAACGCCAGCGUGAAGCCCAUCGGAAGAUGCUGGCGAGGAAGAGAGCGAAGGAGCAGCUGCGGACCAGAACCCCAGAACCCCUGGAGGGCAGACGCCACGUAGAUGUGCAGACGGAAUUGUACCUGGAAGAACUGUCAGACCGCAUCAUCGAGGUGGAUGUGGAGUGUCAGACGGACGCCUUUCUGGACCGGCCGGCCACCCCACUCUUCAUACCUGCGAAAACCGGCAGAGACGUGGAAACGCAGAUAUGGGAAGGAGAACUUUUUGAUUUUGAUAUCGAAGUCCGGCCCAUGCUGGAGGUCUUGGUGGGCAAAACGAUCGAACAGGCUUUGCUGGAGGUGAUGGAAGAAGAGGAACUGGCCAAUCUGCGGGCACAUCAGUACGCCUUCCUUGAAAUGCGGGCGGCGGAACUCGCUGAGGUCCAGCGCCUUGAAGAGCAGGAGAGGAGACACCGAGAAGAAAAGGAACGCCGUAAAAAGCAGCAGAUGGAAAUGUUGCAGAAGGAGAAAGAAACAGCAGAGAAGAUCGCCGCUCGAGCUUUCGCCCAGCGCUACCUCUCCGAUCUCAUCCCAUCCGUCUUCGGCAGCCUGCGGGACAGCGGCUACUUCUACGAUCCGGUGGAAAGAGACAUCGAGACGGGCUUCGUCCCGUGGAUCAUGGAUAAGAUGGAGCACUUGCUGGAGAGACGAGCCCUUGGGCGAAUCAUUGCUGAUAGCUUAAUUCGCAAUGUGAUGGAAAUGAGGCUGCAGGCCUUCGAAGCGGGUGCUUGGCCUCCACCAUCCGAACUUCCUGAGCUGUAUGACGAGGAAGCAGAGGAUCCAGCUGCCUUCCUGCCGACCGAGCUCUCGGGGCUGCUGGGGGUUCCCGACCAGCCUGAAGACUCAGGCCCAGCAGAGGCUCCGGUGAGUCAGGCAGACAUUCCCGGCGAAGCCGAAAGCUCAGUCCCAAGCCAACCAGAAGACGUUCAAGGUCAAGCCGAGCCGCCGGAGAACGUGGGGUCUGAGCCCCAGUGAAUGGAAAUGGUUGCAGGAAGAAGACCAGAGCCGCUAAACGAGCCUGUGAAAAUUGGCAAAUUAUCAAAUUUAUUUUACUGCGAUGGACAAAGCAAUAAAUGGAAAGCUGUAGGGAUAUUUUUUUUUUUCAAAAAAAAUAUCUAUGUGCUUAUUAGCUCCAGUCAAAGGAAGCUUCCUUCCUCUUAACGGUUCUCUUUUAACUCUCUAUAUUUGCCUUUAUUGUAUAAAACGUUUCAUCAGAAAUUUAAAAGGUUGUGGUCCUGGAUAAAACCUGAUGGGCCUUAUUUUGUUAUUUAAGUCAAUUUGGAAACACUGGGAGAAAAAAAAUAGGACUUCAGUUGAGCUUCGAACGGUUCUUCAUUUUAAGAGGAUUCAGAUAAUAUUCAACUAGAUUCUGUUUCUUCUUGUUAUUGUUGUUGCAAAGAGUUAACCAUAGUUAAAUAAGUUAUUUUCGUUUUGUAUUGAUACUUGCUGGAGUUGACCCGGGAUAAGGGAAGGGAAAAAAAAAACACGUUACGAAAAUGUCGUUUGUAUAUGUGGUUUUCCUUCUAAGUUCUGAAUUGUUUUUUUAUGACUUCAGCAAGAAGGAAUCCUGCAAUUUUGAAAUCGUUCUUUUUCUCUUGCUAAAACUUUUAAUCACGGAGGGAGGAGGAGAUGAACGACUUAAAACAACUUCAUUUUCAACGUUCCUUUUUUUUUCCGCUUUCCAAAUGGUUUUCUUUACGCUGGGUUGGAAGAAGGUUGCCCGUAGUUACUGGUUGUGUUGUUAGAUAGUGAAUUACAGUUCACCUUGUUCUGUUUCUGUUUAUCUUCGAGGAGUGAUGGGGGGGGGAGUGUGUACUCACGCCCAUCUAUAAAUAAUAGCCCUUGUA